GAUCCCAAAACACCUGUUUCAGCUUUGAGUUGCUCGAACCAUGUUCUCAUGAUAACUAAUUCAGCAGCUUCAAAUCGAUUCUAUUUAUAGAACUAUCGUUUUCUAAAUUGCUUUUUUCUCCUUGUUCUCUCUCAAAAACGUCAUUACCGAUUAUCCCUUUUAAGUUAUGAUGACCAUGCAUGAAAUGGCUAAUCACGUGCUAUCGGGCGGGCAAUAGGAAUGACAUGUGUUAUCAUAAAAUGAAGGCGAAAGAAAUACCGGGAAAUCAAUUAAGCCGGGAGCGAGAGUGGUCUAAGCUCGAAGCCCCGCCGCCGCUUGUCCGAUGAAAAACGUCCUGCAAAGGUGGUUUCCGCUUUCUGUACCUAACUUUAGCGAUUGGGAAAUAAGCCGAAAAACGAUUUGAAUAAUUUGAGAUUCGAUUUUGAAUAUUUGGUUCACUUGGACAGCCCUAGACAUCAGCUAAACGGAAAAUGUGCAUUGACAAAUUCACAUACUUUUAUACCAAAUCCCUUUUAAUUUAUACCAAGUUAUUUAUUCAAAAUUUCAAUUUGUAUGAAUACACAGUGAACUUUUUAGGGACUUGGAAAAUAUUAUUAAUACCUGCUUGGUUUAGUCUGGUGUAGAACUUUUAAUUUUCAACUUUGUUAGAAUUCUGUUUAAAAAAUGGUCUACACCUUGAGCCAAAUUAUAUUCCAGAGUUUACUUUGUUAGAUUAUAAUGAAAUUAGUGAUUGAUAUAUUUUUCCAGUUUGCCAUAGCCUUUCCCAUUUACACUUUGAAAGUUAUAGCCACAUUGUAGUAUAUAAGCCAGAGUUAUAUUAGUGGUCGCACAUAUAUGUACUUCCAAACCUUGAAGUAAAAUUUUUUAUAAAAAUCAAGCAGUUAUGCAUCUCUCGUAGGUUGCAGACUCAUGGGCUUUGCAAACUACCUCACGGCGGGGAGGAGUCCAGCAACCCUUUCGUGUGUGAUUAUCGCCCACUGGAUUCAAACCUGGGAACACGCGCAGGGUACACCAAUCAAAUGUACGAUGUGCCAGUCGUCGAACAAAAACAGGUUUUGCAAAAUUGUCCUUCAUCGCCCCCUUCGACUUUGUCGCCCCCUUCUGUAUCGCUUUCGCCAAUCGGGCGCGAUAUCGCCUACUCUGGGAACAGCUGAUCUAGAGAAAUACUUAUUAUUAACUUAUUGGCGCAAUAAUUCAUUGUCGUUUGUGAGCUGAACUAGUAAAGUUGAAGCUAAUUUGUAAUAGAUAAACGUGUGUUUGUGCAUUUUAUCCUCGAUAAAAAACCAAACUAAUAUUUUUAGAUCUUAGUUUAAGGAUUAAAUUGUAAGUGUCUGUUGAUGUAUGAAGAUGAAUUCGAAAGUAAUAGACCAGGCUAGAGCAAAACAGUCAGAUCGUCUCAUGACAUCAUAUGACAGGUUUAAAGAGAAAGGGUUUCUGUGCGAUUUCAACAUCAACGUUGGUGAAAAAUCAUUCCGAGUGCAUCGUACUGUCUUGGCAGCCUCUUCAGAAUACUUUGAAGCCAUGUUUUCAAGCAACUUGAAGGAAGUUCAUGAUGGUCACGUUAAUAUGAAGGAUGUCGAUCAGAAUGGGAUCGCACAAUGUGUAGAGUUCAUGUAUAAAGGAAAGGCAGAUUUGAAAAUAGAAAACAUUCAGCAUAUCCUGCAUGCUUCCAAUCUUUUACAAAUGGAGGAAUUAACGAAUCUUUGUUUUCAAUUCUUGGAAAUUAACAUUUCUCCGAUAAAUUGUCUCUCUGUCAUCAACUUGGCUCAAAUGUAUGAUCGCCGUGAUAUAAAACAACAAGCCGAACAAGUCGUGAUUGAUAAUUUCGAAUCUGUUAUUUCUUCCGAGAUGUUUCCAUUCGUCACCAAAUCAGAUCUCUUGCGUUACAUGAGAAAUGAGACUUACCAAACAUCAUGGAAAGCUGUGGUAACAUGGGCAAAAAGAAAAGAUAAAGUAGAUGUUUCUGAACUUGUCAGCAUCGAGAAAUAUCCCUUUAAAUUUCUUUUACAAACUGUCCUUGAAGAACCUAUUGUUAAAAACAAUAAAACAGCUGAGAAAUCGGUAAUCACUGCAUUAUUUUCUGAUGGCAAAAAACUUGAGACGGACCUAGAUAUUGACAACUGUUUUAUCUUGAAGAAUCUUUCUGAAACCAAUCAAAUUCCUGAACAAACAACAGUUAAGGAUUCCAUUAAUCGAUUCUUGGAGACAAAUUUUGAACAAAUUAGCAAGAAAAAUGAAUUUCUUGAUAUUAGCAAGGAUGACAUAAUAAGACUUUUCAAAUCUUCAGGCACAAAGUAUUCUUCUGAGGCUGUCAAAUACGAGGCGAUGAUCAAAUGGGUGAAACAUGAUGUCAAAAACCGAAGAAAAAUUUUUCAAGAUUUGUUUAGUUUCAUUAAACUCACAGAAUUAUCUCUCGAGUUUCUUAAAGAGACAGUUCGACUCGAACCCUUAGUAAAAAAGUCGGAUAAAUGUUACGAUUCGCUGGUGGACGAAUUAUUUUCCCGUCUGUCUUCAAAAGCUGAAGAAAAACCAAAUGCAGAGAAACCCUUGGCUUUACCAGAUUCAAGCUCUUCAGAGGAUAAUGAGGAAGGAUCUUCUGCCAUUGGAGGUGCAUCAGGUUAUGGCACUGUCAGUUCGACACCACCUAAUGGUGCAAAAUCUCAGUCUUCAAGUCAAACUACUUCUGGUCUAAGAAUCAUUAACCAACAACCAUCUCAUGGGAGGCAGUCAUGGGAUUUCUUGCAAGAAUCACUGCCAGGAUAUGAAGGAGAGUUGACUCUUGUCAUCACCUACUCAUUUCCUGCUGGAAGUCUGAUGGGGGUUUCAUAUGAAGCUCAAGAAUUCACUGAAUAUUUGCCGUGGGAUGGUGAUGAUGGACUGAUAUGUUUCAACUUACUCUAUCAAGCAUUCAAUGCAGGAUUGAUUUUUAAGAUUCAGGAAGUUGGUGACAGAAGAGGAAAAAUUGUUUGGAACGAUGAGUUUCCCCAUAAGACUAAUAAAACUGGAGGACCUGAGAACAAUGGAUAUCCAGAUCCAAACCAUUUAAUGAAACUGAAAGAAGCAUUGGAAAAAGGAUUCCAAGUAUGAUGGAUGGGUGAGAUAGUUUUAUUCAUUUGACACUUUGGCAAAAUAUU